AUGAUGGACUGGGAACAUUCUGCACUAUCCGGGGCGUCGUCACAAUGCCACCGCGGAGCAUUUUCCUUGGUCAGAAAGCCGAUAUCCCCCAAGAGUUACGACAUUUCAAUUUGCCAAGGCGGGCGGAAAAUGGAAUUACGAUUGAGGCGCAAGCCGAAUGUCGCCGAGGGCGCGCGGAAAAGCCCGAGCGCUCCCGAAGCGAGCCGAGCGCGUCGCGCCAAGCCCGCGUAU